AGUGAUUCCAUCAGGGAGACCCAAUCACACCCUGCUGGAAAUGGGAAAUCCUUUGGGAACCAUUGGAAUCAUUUCGGCCUUCAACUUCCCUGUGGCCGUUUAUUACGGCUGGAACAACGCCCUGUCAGUAUAAUUUGUGGCAAUACAAUGAUCUGGAAAGGCGCCCCGUCGACACCCUUGUGCAGCAUCGCCACCACCAAGAUUGUGGCCCAGGUGCUGGAAAAGAACAACCUGCCGGGUGCCAUUUGCAGUCUCAUCUUUGACGGAGCUGAUGUCGGCAGUGCCAUGGCCAACGACCCCCGUCUGCCUCUCAUCUCGUUCACUAGGAGCAUCAAAGUUGGCAAACAGGUGGCCGUGGCCGUCCAGAGCCGAUUCGGCCGCAAUUUGCUCGAACUGGGCGGUAACAACGCCAUUCUGGUCGACGAGAGCGCUUCAAUCGAUCUAGUAUCCGGGCGUCCAUUUUCCCGUCUGCUAGAACAUCCAGCCAGCGCUGCACCCUCCACCUGUCGUCUCGUCUUGCACGGAAAGGUCUGCGACACCGUCCUGGCCUAUUUGAUCAAAGCUUACGAGCUGCUAUUGCCCAGAAUGGGUGAUCCCCUCCAGUCCGGCCUCCUGCUAGGCCCCCCUUCACAAUCAGCCGGCCGUCGACUUGAUCGCCCCGACCAUCAUCACGGGUCUGAUGCCGACGGCGUCUGUGGUCAUGAGCGAAUGUUUCGCUGA